AUGCGCCACUUCAACAUGAAAUGAAAUUAUAGUACACCUAGAGAGAAUUUAGUGUAUUUUAAAAGGAAAAGAAAAUUAUCAAAGCAUCGCGAUCUUGUUGUUUCACAAACACAAAACUCUUUCUUACAAAAUCUGCAAUAGUGUUAGAACCUCCUCAUAGAUCGAUUCAAACAAAACGCAAUGGAUUCUUCUCACAUGACGUCACUUCCCGAAGACAUCACCGACGAUCAACCACCACAACCCGCUUCCGUUUUCGCUUCUGUUCCUCAACGCCCUCCAACUAAGAGUUCUUCGGAGAAAUACGCACCGUUAGAUUGGUCUGUGUACUUUGAUAAAGAAGAUGAUGUUGCUAUUCCGGAAUCAAAUGAUGUUUUUCAUGUUUACAUGGCAGGAACUGAGGGUCCUGUUGUAUUUUGUUUACACGGUGGUGGUUAUUCUGGGCUUUCAUUUGCUGUGUCAACGGGUAUAAUUAAGGAGAAAGCUAGGGUGGUUGCGAUGGACUUGAGAGGUCAUGGACAAUCAGUGACAGAUAAUGAUUUUGACUUAUCUGUUGAGACCAUGUGCAAUGAUGUAUUGGCUGUUAUAAAGGAAUUAUAUGGCGAUUCUCCUCCAGCAAUUAUCCUCGUUGGUCACAGCAUGGGGGGGUCGAUUGCUGUGCAUAUUGCUGCAAGGAAAUCAUUGUCAACCUUGGCUGGGUUGAUUGUUGUGGAUGUUGUAGAGGGAACAGCAAUGGCUUCACUAAUUCAUAUGCAGCAAAUCCUCUCAAAUAGGAUGCAACAUUUUUCAAGCAUUGAAAAAGCCAUUGAAUGGAGUGUGAGGGCUGGCACUUUAAGAAAUAUCGAUUCUGCUCGCGUAUCAGUCCCCACCACCAUAAAAUAUGAUGAUUCGAAGAAAUGUUAUGUUUAUCGAACAGAGCUGGAAAAGACCGAACAAUAUUGGAAAGGCUGGUAUGAAGGCCUCUCAGAUAAAUUUUUGUCAUCCCCUGUUCCGAAGCUGUUGUUACUAGCAGGAACAGAUAGAUUGGACAGGUCUCUCACAAUUGGUCAAAUGCAAGGGAAGUUUCAGAUGAUAGUAGUCAGACACACAGGGCAUGCUAUUCAGGAAGAUGUACCUGAUGAAUUUGCAACUCUUGUUGUUAACUUUAUUGCUCGUAACCAAAUAGGCCCUAAUGGAGUCGUGAUACCUGGCCUCCCCAAGCCUGCCUUUUCGAAACCCUGAAUCAGGUGUUGGAUAAACCAAGAACGCAACUGCUGCUGGGUGAUGAUGGUGUUCUUAUUUGACAUUCCUUUAGUUGAUUAGUUCUAGCAUUAUUAUGAAUGCUUACAUAUUUGGUAGGUGGAACGAGUAUAUAUUUUAGAUCAUGAUCUGAUGAAUGUGUUAUUAGUUAUUACCCACAAUUAAUUUAGGCAUCUCACAUCAAGGUACAAUGGAUUCGAUCCAAUUUUUUGUUUUUCUUAUCAAGGUACAAUGGAAGAAAGGCUUAAUUUAAUAUUAGGUUCUAGAUUAUAAGGUACAAUGGAAAAAAAGGCGUGAUUUCUGGUAGGCUUUUUAAUUAUAACAAACUCAGGGGUUCUUUGUUUAUGAAAAAUAUUGAUGUUCUUCUUCUACUUCUUCUUAUUGGUGUUUAUAGAGAAGUUGGAUGAAGAAUUUCAAAGAACA